GAUGUAGUUGAAGGCUCCCAAUUGCAAAAGCCAACAUACGACAAAACCCUCUUAUUAUGAGAGAGAAACGAGUGGAGCGCAAAGUAACCACCGUUUCUACACACUAACCUUUCACCAUUUCUCAAUUUCCUCAAACCCAUUUCCCAUCUCCUCCUACCAAAAAGGUACCUUCUUUUUCCACCGCUAAAUUUAGGGUUUAUGCCAUCAAUUUUAUAUUGAUGUAAAUGAAUGGAUGCAUAAAGUCUGGUGGCCCCUGAUCCUCUUUUGAUCCUGAAUAACAGAAAAGAAUGAGAAUAUCACUGAUAGGUUUAAUUAAAUAACGGAAGAGAAUUGCUGGAAAAUGGGAGGUUGCUGUUGUUCUGCCAGAAAACCGCACCUGCAUGGAACACCAGUAUAUUACUAUUGCCCAACAACUUUAGAAGAGCGUGAAUCUUUAACAUCUAAUGAUGGUACAGCUGUUUCACUCACUGCUGGAUUGCUGGUGGGCUUGAACCUGGAAACGUCCACGCCUGAUACAUACCAGCCCCCUCCUGCACCUCUACCUUAUGAUGUGGUCCUGGGAGGUCCAGCAUCAACAGAUUCUGAGUCAGGCAGAGAAACUCUUAGUGGAAGUAGUUUUGAAACAUUAAUUACAUGUGAGGAUCUCGAAGAAUCUGACUGUAAAGCUCAAGCUAAUUCUGCACCUUUUUCUCCAAGGAAGGCAGAACUGCCAAAAUCAAAUGAAUCACAUGCAUUAGUGACAGAAGAAGAGGACGUCUGUCCAAUUUGUCUUGAAGAGUAUGAUGUUGAGAAUCCUAAAACUCUGACAAAAUGUGAACACCACUUUCAUCUGUCAUGCAUUCUUGAGUGGAUGGAAAGAAGUGACUCCUGUCCUAUAUGUGAUCAGGAGAUGGUAUUUGACCAGACACUUAACUAGUUCUAUUGUUUUAAAAGAAAAGCUUGCUAAAUGUGUAAAGGAUAGAUGAAAACUCAUUGUUUGAUAGCUGGUUAGAAGAUGGCACAGAUUCAUUUUCAAUUCAUAGUGCAUUCAAAAGGUCGCUGUUUUUGUGGGCCCACUCAUUGGGUUUACAAUCUGUGAGAAGAAUGAGAAGGUUUUGACAGAAUGCUACACCACAUUGCAUGUCUCUUUGAGUGCAAUUUCUCAUGUUGGAAUUUACCUAUUAUUAGUAAAAGAAUGCAGCUUUUCUCAAGAUGAAGAAAUUCAUGUUCACAAAAUGGCUCCUCCCCCACCAUUGUGUUGCUUUGCUGGUCUCCAUUUUCUUGUACAAAAUUCUCUAUUUAUUUGUUUUUAUGUGUAAUUUUCUUUAUGGGAGAAAAGAAAAAGUAUACUUCUCUUGUAAAUCAAGUUUGCUUUACAUUUUGCUGCAUUUUCAAUGUAUGUAUAUAUUCUGGUGGAUCCCAUCUCUUGUUGUAUUCACUUAAACCCCUUUAUUUUCAAUUAAAAUCUCUUCUGGU